AUGUCUCAAGAGAUUACACCAGGAGGCUACCAUUGGAUCUCAAAUGCCAUUGAGAGCCUUAAUCCUGAAAAAGACUAUGAGCUCAUGUGGCGUCUCAUGUCUUGCUAUCGGUCGUCCGACUUUAUGAACAACUUCAUAUACGUCCUCACAUUCCCCAACUUCAUCAUCACAACCCACGGAGCCCAGACUGUUUGGCGUUCAGAUGGCGGCAAAGUCGUCAAGCGAGGUACUCAACGCGUUGAAGACACAGAAAAUUACAACAUGACAUGGUGGCAUUACGGCCCCAGCGACAAGCGAUGCCGUGACGCUGUGGAGCACAUCAACAAUCUCCAUGCCUCUCUCGCUAGACGAUAUCCAGGCAACUUCUCCUACAACGAAGACUUUGUAUACGUUACUACAUUUAGUGCCAUUCUAAUGCAUCGUCUUCGGCUCCGGCUCGGUUUAUCUGGUUUCACGGAGAAGGAAAAGAUCGCCGCUCAUCACUUUUGGCGUGACAUGACUCCUCUCUUUAUCAAAGAGGAUGGCAGCUCUGUUCACGGUUACCCUGAUGACUUUGAAGGCUGUCUGAACUUUUGCGAAGCCUAUGAGAAUACUCCACGCGAAUUUGAUCCAAGAAUGCAGCAUAUCGGUCUUGCAAUCAUGAAUCAAUUUGCGUUCCGGUACUUUCCCCCUGGACUCCGCUGGCUAGCUAUUUCCACUGUGCAAGCCCUGACGCUUGAGACAACACUUGCAGCGAUGCGGAUCAAACCAGUGCAUCCGAUUCUGAAAUAUAUUAUUGUCUUUGUGGUUGGGACCUUGAUGAGUCUUGCUGAGACAUUUCUGCCUGAUCCCAGGGAAUCAUUUUGGAAGAAGAUUGAGACCUUGGAUGUCGAAAAGGCCAAAGCACGGAAAGCAGAUAUUAAAGAAAGUGACGAAGCAUACUGCAAAUACAUCCGAGAUAAAUGGAGUGCUCCAGGGUGCCCAUUUCAGAUGAAGGAUGAGUAA